AUGGUGGUACCCAAGAGGAAAUGGAACUGGCCCGACGGCCAACAGCCCAGCCAGCAGGCACUGCGAAAACAGGAAGAAGAGGGUAAUCACGUGGACCCUACUUUCAGGGAUCUAAUCGCAGAGGCCCCUGUCAUCGGCCCUCCCCUUUCGAUUCAAGAUACUGAAGAUACCCCUGCCGGCUUUCUGUCUGUCUGGAAGGCCUGCGUAUAUGCCUCGACGAUUGACGACUUCCAGAUGGCGUGGCAGCAGCUGAUCGACCAGUUCGCCGAGCAUCAAGAACCCGCUGUUUCCUACAUCUUGUCGACCUACUUCCCAUGGAGGAAGCACUUCCUCGAGUGCUUCACCCGUCAAAAUCGGAACUUCGGCGUUCGGGUCACCUCUCGUACAGAGGGCAGUCACAAGGAGGUGAAGUCGUACCUGCUGAAUUCAAGGGCAGAACUGCGGUUUCUCGCCAGCCGCGUCGAGCAACUCGUGAAGGACCAAGAGGCUUCAUAUAACGCCAAGAAGGGCGAGGAGGCCACGCGCCAGCUCGGGCAGUACAGCAGCUGUCGAUGGAUGGGAGACCUACGCUACCGCCUUAGCCGCAAGGCACUUGGCCUCGUGGCGCAGCAACACAGGAUCUGCCACAGCAGGGUCAAGAGUGACCUCGGACAGACUGCCUCCCAGAGGCACAGGGAACCACCCCCUGAGUGCACCGGGGCUUUCCACCAGCAGUUUGGCCUCCCUUGUUCCCACGAUAUCGAGCGUAAACUACGUAGCAACCAGGAGCUCAGUUACCUCGAUACCCAUCCCCACUGGCACCUUGAGGUGAGCCUCGCCGCUAACGACCCCUUCGCCGCGAUCGAAGAGCCGCUAGUAGGAAUCACAAGGCGUGGUAGGCCUACAGUCAGUCAGGAGGAGAUCCCCGUCGCUUUGAUACCCCGUGGAUAUAACUACCGCCGAGCUUCGGCCGCCACGCGGGCCCGAGACCCCUCGCGGUGGGAGCUCGUUGAACGACAGGAGCAGCAGCAAGCCCGGGGCCGAGCCCGAGGCCGGCGGUCGCGGGGCCCGAGAGGACAGGGUAGAGGCCCCGCACGGGGGCAGGGCCAGCAAAAUGCAGUAGAUGGGGCUCAGGGAGGUGCAUCAACUGGGCCUGAUGUGGCUAUAUCGCUAGGAACGCCCGUAUCAGACACGCCCCAGUCACAGUAG